UCGCCCCGCUCCCAAGAUGGCGUCGAUGCGGGAGAGCGACACUGGCCUGUGGCUGCACAACAAACUAGGCUCCACAGACGAGCUGUGGGCGCCGCCGAGCAUUGCCUCGCUGCUCACGGCUUCGGUGAUCGACAACAUCCGCCUCUGUUUCCACGGCCUCUCCUCGGCCGUCAAGCUCAAGCUGCUGCUGGGGAUGCUGCACCUGCCCCGCCGGGCGGUGGAUGAGAUGAAAGGGGCACUGACUGAAAUUAUCCAGCUCGCUACCUUGGAUUCAGACCCCUGGGUCUUAAUGGUAGCUGAUAUUUUAAAAUCCUUUCCAGAUACUGGCUCCCUUAACCUUGAUCUUGAAGAACAGAAUCCCAAUGUUCAAGAUAUUUUAGGAGAGCUUAGAGAAAAAGUAAGUGAAUGUGAAACAUCAGCUAUGUUGCCGCUGGAAUGCCAGUACUUAAACAAAAAUGCCUUGACGACACUAGCUGGACCACUUACUCCUCCAGUGAAACACUUCCAGCUGAAAAGGAAACCUAAAAGUGCUACUCUCCGAGCUGAACUCUUGCAAAAGUCAACAGAAACUGCACAGCAACUCAAGAAGACUGCAGGAGUACCUUUUCAUGCCAAAGGGAGGGGACUGGUGAAAAAAAUAGAUACAACAACACCACUCAAAGGAAUACCAAAACAAGCUCCGUUCAGAAGUACUUCAGCACCUAGUGUAUUUAGUCCUUCUGGAAACAGAACUCCUAUUCCUCCUUCAAGAGCACCGCUGCGUAAAGAAAGAGGAGUAAAGCUUCUAGAUAUCUCUGAGCUGGACAUGGUAGGUGCUGGCCGUGAAGCUAAACGAAGAAGAAAGACAUUAGAUACGGAAGUUGUGGAAAAGCAAGCCAAAGAAGAAACGGUAGUAGAAAAUGCUACUCCAGAUUAUGCUGCUGGCCUUGUAUCUACACAGAAACUUGGCUCAUUGAACAACGAACCUGCACUGCCUUCUACAAGUUAUUUACCUGCUACCCCGAGUGUGGUGCCAUCUUCCUCAUAUAUCCCAAGCUCUGAAACACAGCCAGCUGGCUCUACACGAGAGGCCUUGCAGACUAACAGACAGACUGAAGAGCCUGCAGCUCCAAAUGCUACCACGACUCUUCCUGCACAAUUCAAACAAAGAACACCCAUGUACAAUAGUAACUCUAAUCCACCUGCAGCUACACCUACCUCACCUCUAACGCCUACCACACCUCCUGCCAUUUCCCCUGCAGCACAAGCACCACAAGUGGCUCCCCAAACUCAACAACAGCCACCACCGAAGAAAAGCCUCUCUCUCACGAGGGAGCAAAUGUAUGCUGCACAGGAAAUGUUCAAGACUGCAAACAAAGUUACGAGGCCAGAAAAGGCUCUUAUACUUGGAUUCAUGGCAGGAUCCAGAGAGAAUCCUUGCCAAGAGCAAGGUGACAUCAUUCAGAUUAAACUUAGUGAGCAUACAGAAGACUUACCAAAGGCAGAUGGCACUGGCAGCACCACUAUGUUGGUUGAUACAGUCUUUGAAAUGAACUAUGCUACUGGUGAAUGGACCAGAUUCAAGAAGUACAAACCUAUAACUAAUGUUUCUUAAGAGAUGCAGCAACAGCAGACUGGACCAAAUCAAGCUUAGAGUCAACCAGCUCGUAGAGUAUGUCAACUGUACAAAAUGGCAUUGAUGUGUACGUUUCUUAUUACCCUUCAGAGUAGAAGUUAUGGCUCUUCAACCUAAGUGGGCUCAGUGAACACAGAAGAAGGUGUCAAAUUCACACUUUUUUUUUUUCUUUUAAUUGGGGAAGGGAGAAAAAAGAGAGGUAAUCUGUGUGUGUGUUUCGGGGGGGGAUUGUUGCUGUAUUUUGUUUUCCUGCAGUUCAAGAUGCCAGAAAUGGAGAUCACAACUGAAAGAUUACAAAUGGGAGCAGUUUACUUCAGAGUACCUGAGGAAAACACAACUGCACAAUCAUUCACGGUUUACCAUUAAACAAGGGCACAGAUCUUUAUUGUAGAAACGUUUUAGUUGGCUACAUGGGUUCUAUUUUAAGAAUGGACACUUAAAGCACCACAGCUUGGUGCUUUGUUAUUUUGUGACUCAGCUGCAGUAAAACCAACUAUUGCAGGUAGUAGAUGUCUAGUGUCUAAUGGUACCCACUGUAUGUUUAGGUUAUUUAAGCUUGGGCCAUAGAAUGGGAUUGACAGCUUUGAUAACCUUUCUUUAUUGUGAAUGUCUAUGCCCAGCAUGAGUUAACCUAUACUUGGCAAAUAUUGAGAUAAAGAGAAACUGAGUAUCAUAAUUUUCUGAAGAAAAAAUAUCAAAUUUAAGAUUGCCAGAAAAGAAAGUAGCAGUGGCUUAAAGCUAUCUGGAGGUGAUAGCUCUUUGCAAUAUGAAUCUUAGGGAAGAAGUUGAUCUAUGGCUCUUGCAUAGCAAGCCCUUCAAACAGCAUGAAAGGGUAUGAAACUUGUACAUCUCAAGACAGUUGCAACUUAUUUUAAAAAAUGGCUCUAGUAGUGAUUGAAUGACACAUCUCUGAAUGCAGGUGGUUGGAAAGAUUUGUUGUCUUGAGGCACUGUUAAUGUAUGUUUGGUUGAGCAGUCGUAAAGUGCUUGAUAACCAAGUCCUAAUCUAAAAAGAAAUUUGAAUGAGUGUAACUGUGGUUCUUACCAGUGUAGUUAUAUCAGUAUAAUCACUAAUGUGGUUGCAAUUAUACUGGCAUAUAAAUGUGCCUUAUACUUGUCCCCUUCCAGUAGAAGCAAGUUUUUAUCUCUGACUGUUUACACCACUGGUAUAAUCCUGCUUUAAUUGUACAAGUAUAGCUUGCAUUUAUUGACAGGGCUUGCAUACAUAGUCCAGGAUUCAUCCUUUAGACUUGGAUUCAUCCUUUGAUUGAGACUUUGGAUUAAAACUUUGGUUUCUGCCAAUGCUUAUAUGUGAACUUGCACUUGUUAGGGAACAGUGCUCAGAAGGAAGAAACACAAAGUAGUUGCAUAAUGAGUAGCAUAAUAGUUGUCUAGAACUGAGGAGGUACCUUGGGCUGGCUAGAGGCUAGUAUUAAAGUGGAACUCUUAAGACAAUGUGAGGCUGGGUUUUCUUGGUUUUGUUUCUUUUUUUUUCCUAAAAAGAAAGCAGACCCAAUCCCAUCAGUACACUUGUAUACUAACAAAGACAUUUAGAUGAUUGUUUAGUCUUCUGUAUUGGGAAAUUUUAUUGCAUUUUUGUUUUUAGCUUUUCAAACUAAUUAUCCAUCAGAACAGGGAGAGCAUAAAUAAUGAGGAAAUCUGUGUCUUGCAGCAUUUUAGGACGUGACCAAAAGAAUAGAUUUCUUAACUUUAUUUGAGCAAACAUAGAAUGUUUUAACUCACAUAGUGGGUGUGAGUUACUUGAUGGUAGCUGGUACCAUUAUGGAGUGUUAUGUAUGUCUCAUUGUGAGAGUUAAACUCCACGUGUAACUAUCACACUGGGAAAUCUCCUUCCUCUAUUACUCUGUUUUAGAGGCAAUGUGAACUGCAAUUUCAGUUGCAGUUUUUCUUUAAACAGUUAAAAAUCAACCUGACAAGCAAAGAGGAUUGGUGGGUUUUAGUUUUUAGAAUAAGUUCACUAUAAAUGUGUUUCACUAUGGCUAUAACUUAUUUGAUAUAGUAUGUUAAACAGUAAGGGCUAACAAUAGAAUAUGAAAGUAUUCAUCUUUUAAAGAAAGGUUUAAAGAAAAGUGACAUUCCUUUCCUUGCCUGCAUUCAGAUUUUUAAACAGCUUUUUGUGAUGAUCAGUUUUCUGUAAAGUGAACAUUUAUGAUACUUCUGUCUUAAUUGUUCUUGCUUGCUAGAUAAGCUGCAAGUACCAAAUAUAUCUUUUAAGGAAGAGAACUUUUAGAGAAUUGGUUGAUUUGAGGGGCACGUACUCAUUCCAAAUUGCCGAUGCAAGAUUCGGUGCAGUUCGGUAGUGAUCAGGAGUUGCUGUGCAAUGGCUCGUUGGCUUACUUGAGAUUAAUGGGGGCCUUCCCUAAAUUUACUUGGUCCACUAGUUAGAUGGAGGUCUGCAUUUCAGAUCUGUGCUGUUGGGAUGGAGAUAGCUCUCCUUCCACUUUUCAAGAAGUCCGUCUAGAGCGCAGUUGAGUCAUUUGAGUUGAGGUAAUGUGUAGGAAGCUAUGUCAUAAUGCUACCUAUUCAUAUUUGCUGCGUGACAAAAUUGGUCUCCGGGCCUGCUUGUCUAAAAUAGUCACGUGCAAUAAAUUGAAAUUUUAAAUACAA